UGGCCUCUGCCACAGCAACCAAACAGUAUUGACUGAGCAAGCAAGCAGAGCAGUGUCAUUUUAUUUUUCUAUUAAAAAAUUACCCAAAAAUAAUUUAACAUACAAAAUGACAUUGAAAAAUACCCUGAAGGUCUCCUACAAAGGAUUAACACGGAAUAUUGAGUGUGAUUCCACACUGCCCUAUGAGGAUGUGGUUAGCAAAGUUAUGGAAACCUUCGAUCUAAGGCACAUUCAACGCAAUGCCAUCCAGCUGUACGAUGAACAUGGUGCCAAAUAUGACAAGGAAAUAUUUGAAUAUUUUAUUUUGCUGUUUCCCAAUCCCCAGAAAUUGUUCUUCAUACGUGUGGAUGCUUCAAUGUUGCUGACAUCGUUACCCCCGACAGGAGAGAAUCCAGAAAUUGAAACCCAGCCAAGACAAGCCUUCAAAGUCUCCAAGAAGACAAAUAAACUAAAGGAAACCACAAAUACCCAUGGCGAAGCUGUACCCGUUCGAAGACAAAAUUGUUUCAUUGGCCAGUGGCCUGGAACCGAGACAACAAGUGCCGAUAAUCAACAACAACAAGAGACCAACACACACCAGGAUAUUGUCCGAGGCAUAGUGAACCGUUACAAAAUGUUCCACAAUUCACACAAUGCCAGAAUAAAAUCCACAGCAACACCGACAACAACGAGUGUGGUAAAACGUUCCAUACGAAUUUGAAUGGUCUCAUCGUAACCACUCACCCAUACCGUAUGUUAAGCUAGUGUUCCUAAUGUAGAUUUAAUCACUUUGUUAUAACAACAACAAAAACCACACACAACUGUACAAAACUCCUAGAGAUAACCGAGAUCAUCAAAUCAAUGAAAUGUAUGUCUGUAAAUAUAUAUUUUGUAAGUAACGAAACUUACAUUUCAUAAAACAUA